CACAUAGGCCAGCCUCGCUUUCAGGAAUCAGGUUUACCAGGAAGGAGAAAAGGUUGUAGUACAAAUUUAGAAUUACAAGUAACAAGUAUUGUGUUUAGUAUUUUAGUGACUACGAGUGUAAAUAAGUUAGGUAAAGAGUAGUCAGGAAUCCUGGUGUUAAAGCAUGGCGUUAGUUUUCUAUUUUAUCUCCGUGUCUUUGAUACUCGUGAAAGUCAUUUACGGAGAGGACAACAGUUGUGAUGUCUUCAAAAAUGGCACAUGCAUCCAUACAAUAGACGUCAGGUUCAGCAGCGAUCUCAAAACUGUCACUGUACUACAGGAGGACUUGAGUGGAAAAACUGAGACUAUUGCUGUGUGCGACUGGGUGGGAUUCUUUUCAUGUAUUACUAAGACAGGCAUUACCUCUAAUGUCGUGUCUAGAACUGAAAUUCAUUUUAGCCCAGAGUCUGUUACACAGUGUCUAAAUGGCAAAUUUACCCUUGGAGCUACCGGCCACGGAACGUUCCCUUGCGUUGAAAAAUCAGAUAAAAGUGAACUUAAAAACUUUGAAUCUGAAUCAAACACAGACAACGAUGAACGAACUCCGACUCACAAUCCGCCUCAGACAGAUGAUCGAGAGUCAUCUUCAUUAUUGACUAUUGCAAUUAGCAUAUCUGUUAUCAUCUCGGUAGCCAUUACGGCUGUUGUUAUCAUGGUCAUCGUCAGGAGAAAGCGGAUGGCUUUCAAGAGACAAAAUCCCACACAAAGCCAAGAAUCAUUGAUGAAAAAGCCAGAACAACCACAGGUCUGAUCUUAUCGCCUGGACCGCUCUAAAUCUCCCUCUCCGUCUCCGUUUACGUCCAUCCAUAUGUCUACGUCCACCUCUACGUCAACGUCUAUGUCUACGUUUGCAUCUUCAUUUUCACCUAAAUCUUCGUCUGAGGUAUAGCCUCACCGUCGCUUAUGGGCGACAAAACUUGUAAAAUGGUGCACCACCUUCAGAACAGUGCCCUUGGAACUACCAUCGCAACAAACCUUACACCUGGAUUCCAAGGCUUUCUCGGGAUAUUUUGUUAGAAAAGUGUUUUUCUGAAAGGACAGAGACAUAAACAGAGCCCGGGUGAAAAUGUUAAACUCAAAAUGGCGGUAAGUUGCUAUUAAUUUUUGUCUCUAUGUCAACAUUCUGACUGGCAUCUGUGGAUACAGUCACUUGGUUGGCAACUCUGGGCCCCACACCUUGAGAAACCCCCUUCCCAUACCGCUGCCGACGACCCCUCUCCCCCGGCCCCCCACUCCACGGGACUACUACUGCUCGUACAAAUGCCAACCAGCCCAUAAUCAGCUGCAAAAUCUCCCACCCCCAUUCCACAGAAAUUCAGCCUAACCAUGGUGUUGAACUCUCCUGCAGUAUAACGGAGAUAAAUUGCCACCUAAGCUGAGUUCCACGGGAGUUGUUUGAGACGAUCACAACAAAUCUCUUCGAGGAAAUCACCAUCCCGCGCACAUCUCUCCUUAAACUGAAGGAGCAGAUUCAGUGCCGUGAUGCAGUGUUUCACACUCCAGCAUUACGCCCUGGUACAGCAUCAGGAACCACAGAUUCCAACCCCCUUCCUGGACCCCUCGUCGUACCCAAACUCUCUACAACCCCCCUCCUCGCCACAGGCUACCCCAUAUCUCCCACUCAAAGCCAGAACAAUCAUCCAACAAAACGAAUACUAGACGACCAAUGUACUCAGAGGUAGUGGCAAAGCAAAAUCAACCGACCAACCACCGGCAGGAUGACGCUGACCACCCCUCCAAAUGAUCCCCCAGCUUGGAAUCUCCAGAUCCUGUUACCUUCAGUCCUGGACUUACUGGCAAAACAUCUUCUACUGUAGUUGCCUAUCUAGUGAGACUAUAGCCCCAUCUCCAUUGAUCGAAGAUAUCAAUGUACAUAAGAUUGUACAUUAUCGAGUUAAUUGGUGUUUGAAGACGUUCUCCGGUCUCCAGACCAUCACUCAUCACUGUUUUAAUCAGCUACAUAAGAGUGUGAUGAUCUCUUUGCCUUCCUUCCUAACCCUAACCUACCAACUCUGUGGACACACUUGGUAUUAAUUGACUGCUUUUUUUUCUUCGUACUUUCACUUGCUAGAUUAUAUUUGUUUGCUAAAUUCUUUCCCUACUAAAAGCUUAGGUCCUGGAAUUUCUAAUUAUUUUCAUAGUCCUUAAUUACUUCAUUUACAUAGUUUAUUUUUUUCUCCAUAAAGAGGGAUGGGUAAAUUGCAAAAAAGCAUUGUCUUGCUUAUUUUAAUUCUAGCCGCACAGGACCAGAGAGUACACUGAAACUGUGGGGAAGAUUGAUCAGUUCAGUUUUUCACAAUUUGUUCAUAAUGACAGUACAUUACUUAGACCUAUACAUGCUUUCUUCCUUCAUCACCCUUGCAAUUACUUCAGCAGUACCUUUCUCCCCACCCUAGGACAAUAGCUAGUCAAAAUUUCCUGAGAGCAAAUUCGUAAAGAGACACGAAGAGACAAGGCACAUAUAAUUGAUAGUCAAAUCGGGUGAUGAGGCAAAAAAGUAUGCAAGAUCCAGUUUAUGGGCAGAUUUUUGUGCUUUUGAAUUUGUACAUAAAGUAUAUAUACACACACACAUAAAAAUAUAUAAGUAUAUAUGUAUAUGGUAAAGAUGAGAUUAUGUGCGGUUUUAGUGGAUACAGUGAAAGUGUGUUGGUGAGAAGAGCUGCCAAAAUGGAACACUGCAACCUUUGACAUCGGGAGAAUGGUCCUUGAUCUUACACCUAGUCAUAUAUACUCAAGGCUUUCAAGUGUUUACAGAAUAAUCAAACAGUGAUUCUGCUUAGGUUCUUGGAAUAUUCAGUGCGAGAGAGCGCAUGACAACGAUUAAAUUUAUUUCUCCCAGUGGGCAAUAUGACCAUGGAAAGGUGCUCUAGUUAAAAAAGUAAAACAAUAAAAUAAGAAUAAAGUUUGUUACAAGGUGCAGCGGUAAAAGGUGUUAACAUGAAAAAUAUUAGAAAUGAAAAAAGAAGGCAAGGGAAAUUAGAGAUAUAUACUAUAAAACAAACAACAAACUUACAUCAAGAAUAAUCAUGUGCUCAGCUACACCAUCACACACACACCACUGACACUUCAUCUGAGGUUGAGCAGCUGGACCGCAGAUGGUACAAACGAUUGUAGGUGUCUGUUACUUUUGCAUGUUGGCAUGGAAUAGCGUUUACAUUAGCUUAAUAAUACAAUUUUUCUUCGUUUGUACAUGUUAGGGUAUUGACAAAAUGCGUGCAGCUUUCCUAUUUUCUGGUCACAGAAAGAAGCUAAAUUCCUCUGUUUGAUACACAUUAUCUUAGACAUACGUGACAAAAAGAUGUUGGAUGUUAAAUAAACUGGUUUGCUUUAAAAUA